AUGGGUCUGGUCAGGUCGGCCCGUGUGCCGAGACGUAAAAACGGACCAGUCUGGCUCGACCUGGCCAUUCUCCGAAGGCCCCAUGCAAGUCAUGGGUCAGGUCUGGUCGGCCCAUGUGCCGAGGUGGGAGUUACACAAGCUGGUUUGUCCCGCUAUCUUAAUAGAAGAUACGGUGAGAAUAGGGAUGAUGGACUAGGGUCGAACGUGCACAGAAACAACCUUCCAAAGAAAAUUCGUCUGAGAGUAAAUUUACUCGUUAAUGUUAGACCAUCUCCAGGAAUUCAGGAUCUAGCAGAUAUGAUGGAGAAGAACAGUGAAGCAAAGUGGGGCAAUUGGCUUGGUUAUGUCUUCGUCCCCUUCACAAUUGCUCUAAAAGAUGAUCCAUUGGACUAUAUUCGCGAUGCAAAAGCUACAAUUGAUCGAAAGAAGCACUCUCUUGAAGCUCUUUGCACUUUCUCCAUUUCUGGAUUACUUUUCAGUCUUUUUGGCAUCAAGUCAACAACUGCUCUACUUCAUAGAAUUCUCUCCAGCACCACAAUGGCUUUCUCCAAUGUAGUCGGACCAAGUGAGGAAAUUGCUUUUUACAACCACUCAAUGACUUACCUAGCUGCAACUACUUACGGCCAACCAAAUGAGUUGAUGGUUAACUUUCAAAGUUAUGUGAACAAGAUGACUAUGGUUCUAUCAGUGGAUGAAACCACCAUUCCCGAUCCUCAACAACUAUGUGAUGAUAUCGCAGAAUCACUCAAGCUCAUCAAAGAUGUUGUUAUAGAGAGAGGGCUUGCCAAUAUUCACUAGUAAAACUACAACGAUAUAUAUUUCAAAUAUGGUUACC